UGCUGAAAAGGUCAGUGAACAGGUCCUUAAAGAGAGCCUUACCAUGUGGAACCAGAAACAAACGGGUGGUGGUCAGACCAAGAUGCAUAGCAAAGCAGGCACCAGCCGGGAAGAUUCUAAGAGGGAGAAGAUCAGCCCUUCCACUGAUUCAUUGGCCAAGGACCUGAUUGUCUCAGCCCUGACGCUAAUCCAGUACCAUCUGACCCAGCAGGCCAAGGGCAAAGACAUCCUUGAAGAACCUGAACAGCCUGGAUCCACAAUGGGCUGCAUGGUCCAGGGUGCCCAUUAUGAGAAAACUGGCAGUGGCCAAAGUGCGAAGGCGCUCUCCAUGAAACAUCUGGAAUCACAAAGCGGUCAACAUGCUGGUCCAUCCACUUCCCCCAAAGAGCUGGACACUCAAAAACUGGACAUGUCAAACAUCGUUUUGAUGCUUAUCCAGAAGCUCCUGAAUGAGAGUCCAUUCAGCUUGGAUGACCAAUGCGAAAGUGAGAGCAAAAGGGAUGAAUCAAAACCCAAAGUCUCCUCUUCUACGUCGAAGUGCUCCGACAGGGGUGAGGAGCACUCCCACGACCAUCAAGAAUUUGAUUUCAUCAGCGGCAAGAAGCAAGUAAACCAACAGUUUGUAGACCAGCUGGUGGAAUCUGUGAUGAAGCUGUGCGUCAUCAUGGCCAAAUACAGCCACAACGGGGCGGGCCUCGCUGAGCUGCAGGAACUUGGACUCAGUUUCCAGGCCGGCAGUUCCAGGUGUGCUCAGGAUGCCAUGAUGUCCCAUUCGCGUCACGAUAACCCAGGGCCUGAAGUCAUUGUGAACAACCAAUCUUCUACCAGCAACCUGAAGAAGCAGCUCCAAGCUGUGCUCCAAUGGAUUGCCGCGUCCCAGCUCGAGGUUCCCAUGCUCUAUUUUAUGGGAGAUGAGGAUGGUCAGCUCGAGAAGCUUCCUGAAGUGUCAGCCAAGGCUGCUGAGAAGGGCUACAGUGUUGGAGAUCUCCUCCAAGAGGUGAUGAAGUUUGCCAAAGAACAACAACUCGAUGAAGCAGUCGGGAACAUGGCUAGAAGGCAACUGCUGGACUGGCUGCUCACUAACCUGUGAGCCUCUCUGCUACACUCCCUCCACCAGCGAGUUCUGUCCCAGCCGGAGUGCCACGCUCCAUCCGCUAUGGUAGUAAA